UAGUGGGCUCCGCCGGCCGCCAAACCUCUCGCUCUCCACUGACUCCGCCGCUCCGCCCGGUCCAAAACCCCACCGCUGCCUCUCCGCCGGCUCCUCACUGUGUUCCUCGCCGAUCGCCGUGCCGCCGGGCGAUGGGGAGGUUAUCGGGAAGCGGGUCCAGGAAGCCGCCUCCCUUCCUCUCGCCCUCCUCAUCAUUCUCCUCCUCGUCGUACUCCAAGCGCUCCCGCACUGUUCGGCGCCUCCCGUCGCUGCCCAGGCCGCCUCUCGCGCCGCCGGCGCCGCACCCCGCCGGGAGGACGAGGAGGAGGAAGGCACCCGCCCGGCUGUGGAUGAGGAUGGAUCGGUGGGGCAGGUGCGAGGUGUUCAUGACUAACGGGGCCUUCGUCGCGGAACGCUCCGGGGUGCACGCGCGCGACCUGCGCAUCGUUGGGCCCCUUCUCUCUCGCUGCCCCGGCAUCCUCGGCUUUGCUCGUUUCGCAGCUCGAGAGAAGGCCAUGGUAAUCGAUCUAGAGUUCAUAAGAGCUAUUGUAACUGCGGACGAAGUCCUGCUGCUGGAACCUCUUGCUCAGGAGGUUAUCCCUUUCAUCGAUAAAUUGAGGCGGCAUUUUCCAUUGAAGAGCCUGGAGGUUGAUGUUGGGGCCACACAAGUGGGUAAUGUGAAUGGCAAGCAUGCUAAAACUGCUGCAGAGUGUGAGCUCCCCCUCCCCUUUGAGUUUCAGGUGUUGGAGCUCGCCCUAGAAGCUGUAUGCUUGUCAUUUCAUUCAAGCCUAUCUGAUCUGAAUAGGCACACCAUCUUUGUGAUGGAUGAGUUGACUAAGAAUGUGAGCACCAGGAACCUUGAACGUGUUCGAAGUCUGAAAAGAAAUCUAACCUCCCUGCUCGCUGGUGUGCAAAAGGUCAGAGAUGAAGUAGAGCAUCUUUUGGAUCAUAAUGAGAAUAUGGCACAACUGCACCUAUCCAGGAAGCAAAUAAAAUGUCCGCAGGAUGAAAUUCUACUGGCUUCUGCUGCUUUAAAUAGCAAUCUUCCUUCAAAAACAAAGCUGGGUACACCAAAUUCUGUUGUUAACCAAGCCAUGGGCAUUGCUAUGACUGCGCCACUGGCCGACAAUGUAGGAGACCUAGAGAUAUUACUUGAAUCUUAUUUCAUGCAGCUGGAUGGAAUUCGCAACAGAAUUAUGAUGGUCCGAGGAUAUAUUGUUGACACAGAAGACUACAUCAACAUACAACUUGACAACCAACGCAAUGAACUCAUUCAGUUCCAUCUUGUACUGAUCAUUGUAUCAUUUGGCAUAGCUAUGAACACAUUGAUAGCUGGAGCGUUUGCCAUGAACAUGCCUCACAAUGGGGAGAUGAAGAAGUUUGUAGGCCCGUUUUGGCCAUUUGUUGGGGCCACAUCAUCUUUCUGCUUGUUGGUCAGCGUUGUUUUACUGGGAUAUGCAAGGGGGAACAGGCUACUUGGCAGUUGAAGGCGGCGUUAGAUAAAUCUAUGCAAGAUCAUCUUCACAUUGCCUCCUGACUUGGCGGAAACUAACGUGGCAUAAUAUGGGUGAAGGCAAGUGCCUGGUCCAUCUGUAUAUUGAUGCUUUCCAAUCAUACCCUUUUGGAGUUUGCAUCGGGCAUUGCAUGCCAUAUAUGUAUACCGACACUGUCUACUACUAUUAUAACAAUGAGAGACGCGACAAAAAAUUCCUGUCAUUAGCACACCAGAACUCAAUUGUCUGAUUCUUCAGAAUGGUGACAUAGAAACAAGUGAUUGAUAA